CGGCUAGCAAACACUUCCGGGUACUUUUGACUUUUUCCUCACUUUAGCUGCACAACUUUUAAGUCAAGUUAAUUUAACACUUAAAUAUGAAUUAUUAACAAACGAAUAAAGGCGAAAAGAGGAAAAUACGACGGGAGGAAGAAGAGGACAGAGGAAGAGUUUGUUUUUAAAGCUGUAAGGUAGAAAAAAGAGGUGGAGGAGCAAGAUGAUGGAGGAGGUGGAGCACAGCGAUGACGUCGGCCCAGCAGCUAACAGCACAGAGGAGUCCACCGCUCCUCCAACGGAAGUGAACAGCAACUGCAACCACACAGACAACAACAACGUCACUUCCACUUCCUGUCCAGCUGAGGCAACGCCAGAGGUCACACCAGAGGUAACCAUGGAGACAGAGCAGAGUGAAGAGCCAACAAAGACAGCAGGAAAGGAGCCUGUGGUCAUUCAGGGUAACAAAAACGCAGCGAGUGAGAAGCUGCAGAGAGUCAGGAAGUGGAGCAUCACUACCUAUAAAUGCACCCGGCAGGCUCUGUCUGAGAAGCUCGGGCGUGGAUCUCGUACGGUGGAUCUGGACCUGGAGCGUCGGCUCGAGCUGCUCAGAGACGACCGCCAGCGCUACGAAAACAUCACCAAGGUGGCUCAGACGCUGGCCAAUCAGCUUGCUCAGAUCACAGUUACCCAGAAGACACUGGGGGAUGCAUUCAGUGAGCUCAGGGUCAAGACACCAUUGCUGCAUGUGGAGUUUGGUUUGAAUGCAGAGGCUCAGAAGUUUCUAUCAAAGAGUAAUGAGACCCUGGCAGCGGCCCUCAACGCCUUCACCUCUGACAUGAACACUCUGGUCAACAAAACCAUCGAGGACACCAUGAUCAACGCCAAGAAGUACGAGGCGGCCAGGAUCGAGUACGAUGCAUACAGAGUCGACCUAGAGGAGCUGAACAUGGUACCCCGGGAUGCCAACACGCUGCCCAAACUGGAGGCGGCCCAACAAGAGUUUCAGGGCCAGAGGGAGAAAUUUCAAAAGCUUCGAGACGACUUGACGGUUAAAGUGAAGCUACUGGAGGAGAACAAGGUCAAAGUCCUCCAUAACCAGCUGCUGCUGCUCCACAGCGCUGUCGCCUCCCACAGUUUAGCGUGUCACAGCUUUCUGGAUCAAAACCUCAAACAGGCUACAGAAGCCCUCAACAACAGCAGCGUGGACGCCCCCUCCUGGCUGGAGGAAAGUUGACACAACAGCUAAACAUGGCCACGAGGAAGGUGCAAAGAUUUGGAUUAGUUGGAAUAAGUUCUGGAAGAAAUGGACGCUACUUUGGGAAAAUUAAGG